AUGAACAGUGCCGAACGGCUCACGAACGACACGGGUCUGGAACGGCGACGAACAGGACUGGAACAGCGACGAACGUGGCAAGAACGGCUCAAGAAAGGGUCUGGAACAGCGACGAACAGGGCAAGAACGGCUCUGGAAAGGCGUCGAACGUUUACAAACAGUUUGAGACAUAUAACUACACGCCUAACAGUCGUUGAUUGUAUCGCCAAAAACAUGCGAUCGCGAAAAUCCGAUGGAUGUAAAAAGAUUGUCAGUUCCGAGAAACGGCGACUCGUCGAGGAACUGCAUGCUCCGGCGAGAAGAACUUUUCCACGAAGACGCGUCAUUGUCUGCGGAUACGAUGACCUAUGGCAAGCUGACAUAGUGGAGAUGCGCCCGUACUCACGUUUCAACAAAGGCUACAAUUAUAUACUCACAAUUAUAGACGUGUUGAGUAAGUAUGUAUGGGCCGUACCGCUCAAGAGUAAAUGCGGGAGCGAGACAGCCGAUGCGUUUGCAAAGCUAUUUCGAAAGGAUGGAAGAUGUCCAAACAAUUUGCAUACUGACAGAGGAAAGGAAUUCUACAAUGCUGACGUGCAGCGGCUUCUGAUGAAACAUGAUAUCAAUCACUAUUCUACGUAUUCACCCAUGAAAGCCUCGGUCGUGGAAUGGUUCACUCGUACGCUAAAGAACGACAUGUGGAAAAUGUUUACGCUCAAUGGAAACUAUAGAUGGAUCGACGAACUACAGCAGCUCGUUGCAAAGUACAACGCGCGAAAACAUCGGACAAUCGGUAUGCGACCCAUCGAUGUAACGCCCAAGAUCGCGGAUAAACUCUUGGCUACGGUGUACAGCAACGUAAAGAUUGCAGCCCCGGCGCGAUUCACAGUAGGUGACUCGGUACGCGUCAGCAAGUACAAGACGGUCUUCGACAAGGGCUACACGCCAAACUGGACGACCGAGGUAUUCAGAAUCAUCAAAGUGCAGACGACUAAUCUCGCGAUCUAUCUCAUCGAGGAUUCGCGCGGCGUGCCAAUCGCCGGAGGAUUCUACGAACACGAAUUGCAUCGUGUUGCUAAUCCGGACAUAUAUCUCGUGGAAAAGGUUUUACGCAGGAAAGGUGCCGAGGUUUACGUGAAAUGGUUGGGAUUCGAUGAUUCGCACAAUUCAUGGAUACACAAGGAUAAUGUAGUUUAG